AUCCGAUUUUGAGUUUUGAGGUUAGGCGACGCGCACUCGUUUUUCCGUCCGACCGCUUCGAUAACGCGGCAAUGCGUCUCGAUCCGAUUGCAGCUUACAGCGUGCACGUGAAGUACUUUUUUCACUCACGCCAGUGUAACUUUGUGGCACAGCGUCGACCUUCGCGACGUUUGAAGUGUGUCGUUUAGGUUAGGAUCACGUGAUCUCGCUGUUUGCGUUUAGCUCUGGCCAUGGUCAAGCUGCCGCUGCAAACGUUUCGAAGCGUUUCUCUUCUCUUUCUAUCUUUACUAAAAGAAAAGAGAAGAAGAAUACUCCGUAACAUUUGAAGCGACAGCUUGACCCGCAGCCUCUGUCAAUAUUUCUACGCAGAUCGGCUUUUAUCUCGGACUCCAGGCUCGGUUUAACGUAAUUUUUAUCUUCUUCUGGUUUUGACAAUUGGAAAAAGGUGGAAAAAUGCGAGCAUUGCAAAACAGUGAAAAGAAAGAAACAAAGAAAGAGAUGGACAAAGCCGACUCCACGUAACAAAUGUUCGUUGUCACGUACACAUAACGCCUUGUUCUGCAGACUGGCAGCUCUCUCGUCUUCCUCGACCAGAGUGAACAUUUCUCUAGGAAGAUCCAGUUGAACCGUGUCGCGUUCAACGGUAACAUGAACAACGACCCGGGCAUCGUCUGUUUCCGUCACUGCUCGACGAGGAGUGUAUUCUGCCGGCUUGUACCGGCGACGUGUCCGGUGUGCUCGGUGCAAAUGCAGAGUUUUGUCGUGGACCCGUUUCGCGUUCCAUACCCGUUUGCGAAUGCCACGCACAGGCCGAUCAGCAUCGUAAUUCGGCCCUCGCGCGGCAGCUUUCUCGACGAUUACGACGCGACGCGCGACGAUCUACACAUUGGGAUAGUCGAUUCCGGCGGCGGUAUCUUGGAGUUCGACAAAGAGGGACUGGUGGCGAACGACGUGACCAGGUGGACCGAUUGCAUCGCCUUGGAAGUCGUGCCGGCAGCCUGGACCGCACGAUGGGACGAGACUUUGGCACUCAUGUCGCGGCAUCUCAAGUGGAGAUCCGUUAACUAUAACGCCAGCGAUAUGAACUGUCUCGACUUCGUUCUGGAGUUCCUCAAUAAUCUGGGAUACGCGGAUCUGAAGUUCGCGAACAAGGGAGAUCUGUGCGAGCGAUUGAUACUGUUGAAGAUGUUCAGCGCAAUUCAAUAUGUUUCGUUGUACAGAGCCUUGAAGAGUCGGGAAUACCUGCUGUCGGAUCCUCACGUUUGAUACAUUUUCUUACCUUUAUAUUAUAUUAUUUAUAAUUCGUGCAAUAAAACGUUCAUAUUUGGA